GUAGCUUUAAAAGACUCGAAGUCGUCAGCGAGGAUGAAAAUUUCCCCGCAGUUCCCGAAGUCAGAUGCCGUAAUUCCAGCUCCUAAGAGACCACGUAUCGAGCGGCAACCGGAGGCUUCAACUCAUGUAGAUUUCUCUUGCGACGUUAACGGCGGAAACGGAGGUCUUAAAGACUGCAUAACCGCGCUUUGAACAAUCCUUCUAUCAGCCAGUUCGCCGUCGGUUUUCUUGUCUUUGGCUGCGUAGCCUGUCUCUGUAUUUCAACAUGGCGCCGAAGGAUCUACAUAUUUGCAUUAUUGGAGCAGGUAUGGGUGGGCUUGCUUGUGCGCUCGCACUGGCAAAGAAAGGUUUCACGAAAAUCUACGUCUACGAAAAUGCGUCCAACCUUGGAUUUGUCGGGGCGGGAAUACAGCUUGCCCCAAACUUGGCGCGCAUCCUCGAUCAGCUCGGUGUUUGGGGGCCCAUUGAGGCAGAGGCAACAGACGUGACUGAAACGAGCAUCCGGCAAGGAUCAACAGAUGCCGAACUGGCCCAUGUGGACUUGAGUUACAUACGGAAAACCUAUUCGCAUCCGCACAUGACUGGGCACCGUGUUAGUCUAGCGGGCGGACUGUACAAAGGAUGCCAAAAUGAAAGUGACAAGAUCACAUUUCAUUUUUCUCAUCAGCUUCUUUCCAUUGAAAGUUUUGGGCCGAAACCAAAAUUCACGAUCCAACCACGGGAUGGCACGCCUACCCAAGUCGAGUGUGACAUUCUCCUCUGCGCUGACGGCAUCAAGAGCAUAGGUCGCGUAUCUAUGCUGAAAGAGCUGGGUGUUACUGCCAAGAUAAUUGACACCAACCAGGCUGCAUACCGGAUCAUGCUACAUAGGAAAGAUAUGGAGAAUGACCCAGAUCUACUCAAAUUAAUCAACAUGAAUGGUGUAACACGUUGGAUUGGCGAAAAGCGACAUAUUAUCGCGUAUCCUGUCCAAAAUCACCAGAUAUACAACCUUUCCACAGUGCAGCCGGACGACAAUUUUGCAGCAGCACCAGACACCACAUAUACAACCAGAGGCUCAAAAAAGGUGAUGUUGGACGUUUUCCACGACUUUUGCCCAACUGUUCAGAAGAUGCUCAAUCUGGUACCGGAUGGCGAAGUUUGCGAGUGGAAGCUGAGAGUUCAUGAGCCGCUGCCAACAUGGGUUUAUAAAUCAACAGCGCUGGUGGGUGAUGCUUGCCAUCCCACUCUGCCGCACCUUAACCAAGGUGCUGCACAAGCUAUCGAAGAUGCCGCUUCAAUUGCUGUUGUGCUGGACAAAUGCCCAUCCUCAAAUCCUGACGACUUGACACGUGCCCUCAAAGUGUAUGAGAAAGUAAGAAAAGACAGAGCAUACCUUCUAGUGGACUUGGCAGCUCAAAGCGGCAAGGCUUUGCAUCUAGGAGAGGGCAAAGCAAGGGAGGAACGAGACAAGGCAUUUGCAGCAGUGAAGCAAGGAGGGAGAGUUCCGGACAAGUGGGCAGAUGCAGAUGUGCAGAAGAUGAUCUAUACUUUUGACGCUGCAAAGGAGACUGAAGACAAAUUUGCUGAAUUCUUCAAUGGGACGACUGACGCAGAAUUACAUAAGCCAUCGUUGUAGAUUGUUCGUAGACCAGCAAUUGGCAUUUACUGUAACUUUAAUCUUUUCUCAGCUACUGUUUCAGUUUUAA